CCUGUUGUGUGAGCCCCUGUUUGGAAGCACCCUUCUUUGCCUCAUCUCACUCAACCCUGGCACAACACAUACAGUUUGUGCCUGUAGGCAUUUCUUCUGUAGCACUAUGGUUAAGUGCCUGAUCCGCAUUAGCACCAGGGUAAACGUGCAUCUGCGCAUGAUUAACCACUGUUACCGGGAUGUGAAAGUGCGUGUACUCAGCCUGGGGCCGCGCCUGUUGGGGAAGGCCCUGGGGGUGCUGCCUCUUUACCCAGCUAUUACAAGUCACCAGGAGCCUCUGCCAGCAUUUCCUUUGCCUACUGUACCACAGCCAUCUGUACUAUCCAGCAGAAGCUCAGGCCUAGAAUCACUGAGGGACAGUACACACUCCAUACCCGUGCAUUCCAUCUCACAUAGUGAUUCAUUCAUACUUCAUUCCUACAGCCAUGUGAUUGAGUCCAGCAACGAUGGAGAAGCAAUUGCUGAGGACAACUGCAGCACAAUAGACGGUGUUCUACCUACACCAGUGGCCAAGCUCACAGCCCAUCAUGCUAAUGACGUUCCCUAUAAUACUCUGGACAAAAAGGAGGCUAAGCAGUGUACAACAGCUUUGAGAGACCCAGUUGAACCACAAACAACUGAAAGCAAUGAGCUGGUGGUUCCUGUCAUCAGAGAGGUGGAAAGCUUGAACAAGUUUGUUCUAAGCAUUCUCAGUUUGCUUGGUGUAACCACUGGACUCCUUUUUGUUUUGCUCUUCCUUCUCAUUCUCAUAGAAUCUGAUCUGGAUGUUGCCUUAUUGCGUGAUAUCCGCCAAACACCCGAGUUUGAGCAAUUUCAUUAUGGAUACUUUUGUCCCCUCCGGCGGUGGUUUGCCUGUAAGCUGCACUGGAUGGGGGGGCUGCUUAUUAACAAAUAAGCAUAAAAACGAGUGAAUCAAAAAUAUGCACAUAUA